UGUUUCGAACAGAGCAUGCGCCACUGACAGCUGCCUGUGGAAGGAGCUGGAAUCAACCUGAAGCUCCCAGCCCUGAAAGACAGACCCCCAGAGACUACAGAGAUUGGGCCGACCCAAAAUGUGGCAGCUUUUAGCAGCAGCAUGCUGGAUGCUUCUUCUUGGACCUGUAUAUGGUUAUCACAAGAGAGGAAGCAUCACAAAUCCUGAAGCCAACAUGAAUAUUAGCCAGAUUAUUUCCCACUGGGGUUAUCUUUAUGAAGAGUAUGAUGUUGUGACAAAAGAUGGUUAUGUCCUCGGAAUUUACAGGAUUCCUCAUGGAAGAGGAUGUGCAAGGAGAACAGCUCCAAAGCCUGUUGUGUAUUUGCAACAUGGUUUAGUUGCAUCUGCCAGUAACUGGAUUUGCAAUCUGCCAAACAACAGCUUGGCUUUCCUUCUGGCAGAUAGUGGUUAUGAUGUGUGGAUGGGGAACAGCCGGGGAAAUACCUGGUCCAGAAAACACUUGAAAUUUUCACCAAAAUCACCAGAAUUCUGGGCUUUCAGUUUGGAUGAGAUGGCUAAAUAUGACCUUCCAGCCACAAUCAAUUUUAUCGUAGAGAAAACUGGACAGGAGCGACUCUACUAUGUGGGCCACUCCCAAGGCACCACCAUUGCUUUCAUAGCAUUCUCUACAAAUCCAGAGCUGGCUAAGAGGAUUAAGAUAUUUUUUGCAUUGGCUCCAGUCGUCACAGUGAAAUAUACUAAAAGUCCUAUGAAAAAAUUAACAAUUCUUUCCAGAAAAGUCAUCAAGGUGUUAUUUGGUGAAAAGAUGUUCUAUCCUCAUACAUUUUUUGACCACUUCAUUGCCACCAAGGUGUGCAACCGGAAGCUAUUUCGUCAUAUUUGCAGCAAGUUCCUGUUUACUUUAAGUGGAUUUGAUCAAAAAAACUUAAACAUGAGUCGCUUGGAUGUUUAUUUGGCACAGAGCCCCGCGGGAACAUCUGUUCAGAAUAUGUUGCACUGGGUCCAGGCUGCUAAUUCUGGUCUGUUCCAAGCUUUUGAUUGGGGAAACCCUGAUCAGAACAUGAUGCACUUCCACCAGCUUACACCUCCCUUGUACAACGUUACUAAGAUGGAAGUUCCAACAGCAGUGUGGAGUGGUGGACAGGACCUUGUGUCUGAUCCCAAGGACGUUGAGAAUUUACUCCCUAAAAUUACCAAGCUUAUUUAUUACAAGUUGAUUCCGCACUACAACCAUGUGGAUUUUUACCUUGGACAGGACGCACCCCAGGAAAUUUACCAAGACCUAAUUAGAUUGAUGGAGGAAUGUUUGCAAAAUUAA